AUGCAGAGGCGCUCGUCCGACAAUUCGGACGGGACCGACCAUUCCUUGAAGACUCGUCCGCCUCUGCGCCUGUCCACCGAUCAUGGUCAUGGAGCUUCAACAAACACCGCGAACUCAGACACCGACCAAGCCUCGCAGUCGCAAAUAGCUUCUACGCCUGUCACUCUCACCAAUCCCGAUCAUCGUUUCAAUAAUAAUAGCAAUUCCGUCGUUUCCCCUCGAUCCCGGAACUCGAGUGCCGUCCGAACCUCCUUCUCUUCUCUCGCCUCAGCUUCGCAUGCCUCCCCGUCGCCGACGCCCUCCCCCAAGCCAACGGCCGCGAUGAUGCCCUUGGCGUCCCGGCAGCUCUCUUUUGAGAGUUCCGCGGACACCUCUCAGCGCAUGCGACACCAUCGGCUACGCAGUCCGUGGUCGAUAUCUAUCCUGGCUCUAUCCACUGCACUGGCUGGUGUCUUCUUCCUCCUGUACAUCGCACAUUCCUUUGUGAACCGGCCUGUUGGUGCCGAUGGCUGUCAGGUGCCCAUGAUGAGUCCGACUUAUUUGCGAAUGGUCGGAUUUGAUGCUGAGCAUACGAGGUUUGCAAGCAAGUACAAUCUGUAUCUCUACCGCGAAGAGGGUGUCGACCAUUACUCGCAGGAAAAUAUCGGGCUGAGCGGUGCACCUGUUCUCUUCCUCCCCGGAAACGCCGGUAGUUACAAACAAGUCCGCUCACUGGCCGCUGAAGCCUCGCGACACUUUCACGACGUGAUUUCGUAUGAUAAGGAUCGUCUAGACGCAGGAAUCCGCAACUUGGAUUUCUUUAUGGUCGACUUCAAUGAAGAUAUGGCGGCCUUUCACGGUCAGACUAUUUUGGAUCAAGCGGAAUACGUCAACGAGGCUCUUGCGUAUAUUCUCUCUCUAUACCACGACCCCAAUCGCUCGCAUCGCGAUCCCAGUCUACCGGACCCGAGUUCCGUCAUCUUAAUCGGACAUUCAAUGGGUGGCAUCGUGGCGCGCACGGUCUUGACCAUGGCUAAUUACCAAGCGAACUCCGUCAACACCAUCAUCACCAUGUCAGCUCCCCACGCCAAGUCACCCGUAUCCUUUGAUUCCGACAUUGUCCAUACCUACAAGCAAAUCAACGACUAUUGGCGAGGCGCAUAUUCACAGGAAUGGGCGAACAACAACCCUCUCUGGCAUGUGACCCUCAUAUCAAUUGCAGGAGGUGCGAAGGACACUGUUGUGCCGUCUGAUUAUGCCAGUCUCGCUUCUCUUGUUCCCGAGACUCAUGGAUUCACCGUAUUCACAUCUGGCAUUCCGGAUGUCUGGGUGGGAACCGACCAUUUGUCUAUCACUUGGUGUGAUCAAUUCCGAAAAGUCGUGAUUAAAUCACUCUAUGACGUGGUAGAUGUCCAUCGAACAAGUCAGACUAAGCCUCGGGCGGAGCGAAUGCGCAUUUUCAAGAAAUGGUUCUUGACUGGGAUGGAGCCUACCGCAGAGCGCGCGCUUGCACAACAGGAACCCAAUUACCUUCUUACUUUGGAGUCCAGCACCAACAAAAUCCUACCUCAAGGUGAACGUCUUGUUCUACGCGAGUUAGGAAAUCACCAAGAUUCGGUAGUGCAUCUAAUGCCUGUACCUCCGCAAGGUGUUCCGGGGAAGAAGUUCACUCUCCUUACAGACCAGCCUUUUGACGAGCCAGAUGGAAAGCUGGAGGUUCUAUUUUGUACGGUUUUUCCCAUGCAAGCCGGACGCGGAGCCGCUCUCUUCUCGAUGAGGAUGGAUCUCUCGCGCGGUGGGUCAGGCUCCACACGUUUGGCAUGUAAGAAUGCGGCCCCGGAUAGGAUACAUCUCCCCGCAUCUACGUCUUCCUCACAAAAGGCAUUCAGCGAUGGCCAACCUUUUUCGUACCUGCAAUACGAAUUGGAGGAACUGUCCGAGCACCAGUUUGUCGCCGUGGUAGAUAAAGCCCAGACUCGCACGAACGGGUGGGUGGUUGCGGAGUUUUCUGAUAGCUCCGAUGCACUUAUUCCGACUCGUGUUGGGCUCGGAAGGCUGCUGAGUGCUGGACUUCAUGUGAAGCUACCCGCCAAUAGGCCGAUGCUUACAGAAGUUAGAAUCCCAUCGUUACAUUCCAGUCUACUUGCAUACAAGCUUUCGGUGCACAGCGCAGGCUGUUCUGACUCAUCUCCACUUUUCACUCCUCUUUUGCGCCAGUCAAUGCCGGAGCCCCAUGAAUCCAAGUUCUUUGUCAACGUCCACGACGUCGAUGUGAACCUUCAUGGUGUCGCGCCAUAUAUGCCUCCACCGCUACGCGAAGAAGCAGCUUACGGGGUUUCUUUCCACCUAUGGUCUGACCCGACUUGCGCAUCGAGCGUUGAACUAUCAUUAAAAGUCAGCAUUCCCCACAGCUUUGGAGAGCUGGUGAUGCGCUACAGAACUGUUUUUGCAGCGUUUCCGCUGUUGGUUGUUGCCCUUGUUUUACGCAAACAGUUUAAAAUUUAUGAUGAAACGGGCUACUUCAUCACAUUCAUGGAAAGCCUGAACCUUUGUCUACGCUCAUCGCUUCCUAUAGUUAUAGGCAUUCUGUCACUGUUGGCAUCAUCUCUUGCCUCCAGCCGACGACUACCUUCGAACGAUGACCCUUUUCAUUGGCGCCGGAACUCGACAGAGACAGCUGUUGAUUUCACCAAGUAUGAUCUCCUUCUUGGAGCACAGGAUGCGUUUUUCUGGUUCCUUGUGCCUUUGUUUGGGCUAGUUAGCAUUGGCGCAUGUGUUCUGAUCAACUAUGCGUCAUUGUUGAUUUUGAGUUUGUUGUCGUCCCUAUAUGGGAUGCUGAGGACAAAGACUGGCUACAUUCGACGUGAAGACCGGAAUGGGCCGAUAUUCUCUCAUCCAAGUCCGCGCCGACGGAUUAUCAAUGCUACCAUACUGCUAGUACUUGUGGCAACAGUCAUACCAUACCAAUUCGCCUACAUGGUUGCAUGCAUGGUGCAAAUAGCGACGUGUGUACGCGCACUGUGGCAUGUGCGAGAGACGCGACUGGCCAAAAGCGCGAGUUUCUUCAACUAUGCUCACUCGAUAUUCACACUCAUGCUCUGGGUUCUCCCAAUCAACAUUCUUGUCCUUGUGGUCUGGGUACACAACCUGGCUGUACAUUGGUUGACACCAUUUUCCUCCCACCACAACGUCCUAUCCAUCAUGCCAUUCCUCAUCCUCGUCGAGACCAUGACCAGCGGACUCAUGAUUCCGCGAAUCUUCUCACGAGCCAAACAUAUAACAUACAUCCUCCUCUUCUGCCUCGCCGGCUACUCAGCUCUCUACGGCGUCUCAUACGCGUACCUCCUUCACCACGUGGCCAACAUAUUCUCAGCAUGGCUUGUAAUUAUAUACCUCGCAUCGGGCGGCUUUUCAGUACAACGUUUCAUUCGAAUCCUAGAAACAGACGAUUAUCAUCUUAAUAGCAACACAAUGAGCGGUGGCGGUAAUAGCGGGUUAUCAGAGAAGGAUACGGGCAAACAUCAUAUUAAGAAGAAGCCCUGA